UGCUUUUAUUUUCAGUUUUGGUUUUCAUAUUAUCAUUAAUUUUAUUUGGUCAUUUUGUAUUCUGAUUACAAACCAGAUGAUAAUGUCUUGAAGUUUGUGAAAAGUUCGUCAUUACUGUUCGUUUUUUUUUUUCAAAAAUGAAUAUUAACAUUGAAGUUAGAAAGAAACAGCUCCACAGUUUGGAUCAGUACAUAACCUCAUCUAAAGACAAAGUUGAAUCAAUUUUGGGGUAUUUAGGAUGGACAGCAAAAAAAGUAAAAGAAAAGAAGGAUGUGAUUAGUUGUCCAUUGAAUCCCAGGCACAAGAUACAUUUUGAAAAAAUCAAUAAACAUUUGGAAUCUUGCUGUAUUAGGACAGCAGGUUAUGAGCCUGGAGACAAUUUCUUAUCUGAACCACUUCAUAAUGCUACUAGUUCCAUAACUUUAGAUAAUGCAAAGAAAAUUGAGAUUUUGAAUGGAGCUCGUAUUUCCAACAUGAAGUACAAACAAGCAUGGAACGGAGUUGACCCUGACCCGAUGACUAGCGAUCGGCUAAUGUCUACGUUUUCAUCUGACGAAAGGCUUUCCCUCUACGACUACUGCAUCAGCAACACCGAGGCGCCACCAACUCCCAGCGAGUUCACUGUAAAUAUCGAUGAGUUGGAAAAGAAGGCGGAUAAACAAUUGACCGAAGAGGAGAAGCGCGAGCAAGAGAGGAACGCGAAGAGACGUCGCACCAAGUACAAGUCGGUGCACACUGGUCGCAACAAGAACUACAGCGAGGUGAUGCGACAGGUGAUCGACAACCAGAUGGACUCGUACCGGGAAUAUCUCGUCGACAAAGAAAGGUUGGAGAAGGAGCUCGAGCGGAAGCGGCUCGAAGAGGUCUACGAGCAAUUCGACCAGCCGGAUGCUUCGAAUAUUAUAUACGAUUUCGAUGCCGAUCCGAACUCUGUCGGCAGCAACGUGGAGAAUCUCUACAACAACAUCAAUUACGAUCUGGAUUAUGGUGAAUUCGGCGAGGAAGAACACCUUGAUGUAUCUGAACAGAGGCCCAAUCAUUCUUGUGAAGCAUCUCCACAGGCCCAGAAGGAGCGAGACCACGGCCGCAGAUCGUCAGGGCGGCGCCACAGCAGCCGCCCGAGACGCGACCGCGAAAAGGGCGGCGGUGGAGGCAGGAGGCGGUCGCGGUCGAGGCCCCCGCGGGGCGGCCGAGAGGAGGGGCGGCGAUCGAGGGAUAGGAGGGAGGCGCGCCGCAGGCCCGAGAGGAGGUAUUGAGGUAUCGAGGGUGGAUCUUGUUUUAGCUGUUUUGAAUAUAUUUUGUAUUGGAAUUCGUUGUUGGUUUUUGAUUUUGGUAAGUGGGGAGAGGAGGAAGGAUCAGGAGCUGGUAUUUAUGAGGCCAAGCCAAAGACAAGAAUCUCACUG